UUGGUAAGAUUUACAUGAUAAUUUUGAAUCCAAAUGCACUUUUUUCCCUUAAUUUCAUCAUUUUUCAUCCUCUAACGAUGCAUGCUAGGUAGAUGAAAUUUCAUGGUUCUUUCCCCUCUCCUUUGACCACUAACUAUUGUUGAUGUGUUUGUUUAUGAGGAAAAAGGCAAAAAGGAAAACGGAGCGGGCGCUCCUUGUAAAAGAGGAGCGGGUGCUCCUGCACGUCCCCGUACAUGACAAAGCAAACCAGAAAGUUGGAGCUAGGAGGGAGCUACCAAGGAGCUGGAGCUCCUAGCAUGAGGAGCAAAGGAGCGGGAGCUCUCAAGGAAACAGGAGCGGGAGCUCCUUUAUGCAUUGAGGAUGGCAAAGGAGGGCAGAAACUUUGGAGCUACCAAGGAGCUCCCAUUGAGCAAGCGCUCCUUGGAGCACAUUAUACAAGGAGCGGGCGCUCCUUUAUAUUGAGGAGCGCGCUCCUCACCUGCUGGGCAGCCACUUUUGUUGGUAGAAACUUUGGAGCGACCCAGGAGCUACCAAAGAGCUCCCGCUCCAUCGCCUCAUUUUGUUAGGAGCGGGCGCUCCUGUUUUACAAGGAGCGGGCGCUCCUUGUUAUUUUCGCGAUAUUUUUAUGUUAAAUGCUGAUUUUAGCCUCGUUUUUGUGGGGAUAUAAAUACCUUUUUCACUUAAUGACGAAUUAACUUUAAUUCCAGUAAAUCAUUUUUAGAGAGUUCUUAGCUUAAUCUAGUGAGAGAAAGUAAGGUUCUAGAGAGAGAAAGUAGAUUUCCAUGGUUUUGUAGCUUGGAUUAUGACAAAAAUUAUGGUUUUUAUGCAAGAUCUUUAUUUCUUCUUCAUGGUUUAAGUAAUAUCUCCUCUUCUCUCUACUUCUUAUACUCUUAUCUUUUUGUUUAUUUAAGUUUUGUCUAAAAUUAGUUUAACCCAUGUUUAGAUUUUAGUUUUUAUCUUAAUCUUGAUUUAGUUGGUGUGUUGAUUGUUUAGUUGUUCAUGUUUGAUUCAUUUUCUCCUUCUAUUAGUAUUAUUAUGAUGACUAUAAUGAUUAUUGAGUAGUUAAUUAGUUGGGGAUUGGGGUGAAAACCCAACCAUGAUUGAUUUUGGUAUUUGAAUAAGAAGAUAGGGGUUCUUUGGGUUUCUUAAUUGAUCAAUAGCAUAACUAUUAUCUACUUGCAUUCUAGAAUUAGGAUUUUUGUUGAUUUAUGCUUUAGUCAAGUUGAGAGAGGAGAGUAGAGUUGAUGUUUAUGUUAUUUUCUUACUUAAUUGCUCAUGAGAGUGAGAAUUGAGUGAGGGUUUGUUAUUUGAUCCUUCCCCCUACACUUCGCAUUUCUUACUUCCUAAAUCAUGAUUGGAUGGUGUUUAUCCCCUUCUCCCAAUAUUUUUAUCAAUCAAUUUCUUGUCUAAUCAUUUAGCAUUUUCUUAAGACCUUAGUUGAUUACUUAAUCUAGUUCUUAGUUUAACAAACCAAACCUUUUGCUAAAUCUUCGUCUUAGCUUGCAACAAUUAGCAACAUUAGUGUUCUUCUUGCUAUUCCAUGCGGAUUCGACCCUUACUUAUCACUUUACUUAGUCUAGUGAUUUAGUUAGGUUUGUUUGAUUUUAGGAAGCUAGUGACGACCUAGUUUUUCCUUUAUCAAAAUGGCGCCGUUGCCGGGGAAUAACGUCUAGCAUUAAAACGUUGUAAAGUUGUGUGAGUCUAAUAUUUUCAUUUCAUCUUGUUGCUUGUUGUCUUGUUAUUGCUAACUCUUUGCUUAGCUUUGUAUGCCAAGUGGACGUGCCUUUCCUUUGACUCCAUAUAAUCCAGAGUUGGAGAGGACAGUCAAGGCCAUACGACGAGGGCUUAGAGCCGCACGACGAACCCAACAAGCAUCAUCUUCCACUCCGGUCAAUAUUGAGGACUUUGUACACGAAGAAGAAGUUACCACUCCAAGAUCUUCUCAAGGAAGUUCUCCUCACUCUUCUAGAUCGUCAAGUCCUACUACUAGUGAUCGCUCAAUGGCGGAUCCCCCUAGAUACUUGAGAAGCUAUGGUGUUUCGGGUCCUUUUGAGUCAAGAAGCGCCAUAACUCAACCCACUACCCAAGCCAAUGACUUUGAGCUUCGCCCCGCUUUGAUUGGCUUGAUAGAAAGGAAUCAAUUUUGUGGAGCAAAGGAUGAGGAUCCACAAGCUCAUUUGCAAACAUUCACGGACUAUUGUUCUACGGUCAAACACAAUGGUGUCUCUCAAGACUACAUUCGCCUAAGUCUCUUCAAAUUCUCUUUAGCCGGCAAAGCAAAGCAAUGGUUGAAGAAACUUGAGAAUGACUCUUUGGUUACAUGGGCUCAAGUCACUCAAGCUUUCAUUGGCAAAUACUUUCCUUCGGAUAAGACCGCCGAUAUGCGCUCUCAAAUUAUGACAUUCAAGCAAGAGAGUGAUGAAACAUUACAAGAAGCUUGGGAGAGGUUCACAGAGUUAUUGAGGAUAUGCCCUCAUCAUGGUUUGAAUGAAGGUCUUACACUCCAUUGUUUCUACCAUGGUCUCACAAAAGCCUCUAAGACAAGUCUUGAUGCGGGUGCCGGUGGUCCAAUCCUGAAGAAGCCUCUAGCGGGUAUAUCCGAUAUUAUUGAUGAUGUGGUGCAAAAUGAUUCGUAUUGGGGUCAUGAUCGCAAUGAACGAAGGGGUGGAAGGUACGAUGUGGAGCCCAUCAAUAUGCUCUCUACAAAGCUUGAUGCCUUGGUCACUCAAUUACAAAGCAGGUGCUCAAGAAGAUAACACAAAUAUGUAUAGCUCUCUUGUGGAGUGGGCAAUACUUCACACUCGAAGCAGGGUACAUGGCAUGGGAGAAAGUUUGCACUCCUAAGAAUCAAGAAGGUCUAGGUUUCAGAGAUGUGAAUAAGUGGAACCUUGCCUGUCUUGGCAAGUAUGUCUGGGUUAUCUCUACAAAACAGGAUAGUGUAUGGCUUAAAUGGAUUCACUCAGUUUAUCUAAGAGGGGAUGAUUGGUGGAUAUAUAGACCUAGAGCAAACUCAAGCUGGUACUGGAGGAAAAUUUGUCAAGUGAAGGAACAACUAAAACAAAGCUUUAGUGAAGCUGAUUUGAAAAAUAUGAUACAAUACUCAGUCAGAAAGGUAUAUGAUAAACUGGUUGGAGAACAACCAAGAGUUUACUGGGAUAGAAUAGUUUGGAAUAGGCUGAAUCUUCCCAAACAUAGAUUAAUAACUUGGUUGGCUUUUUAGGAGAGACUACAAACUACAGCAAGGUUAGCAGCCAUUGGUAUCCGCAAUCAUGAUAACUGCCUUCUGUGUGCACUGCAGAGAGAGGAUCACCAGCAUCUCUUCUUUAGUUGUCCAUUUAGCAAUGCAUGUCUUAUGGUUUUAAUGGAGUGGAUGAGAUUUACUACCUCAACAACUAACUUGAAGCUUCUGAUCAGGUGGAUACAGAACAACAGAAGAUCCAAAUUUCAGAAACAAGUCACGUUUGCUAGACUUGCUGGUCUUGUAUAUAUAAUAUGGCAGAGUAGAAAUAAGGUAUAUUGGGAGUUAUGUGCUCCUAGUGUAGAUUCUACUUGUAAGCAACUGAAAAAUGUUGUGAAAACUAGAGUGAGAGUUGUUUUACCACAAAAGAUCACUAGGAAGGAUCAAGAUUGCUUCCUUAGCCUUCAACUUGCUAUAGUUUAGUGAGUUAGUACUUGAGCUUAUUCAAGAGUAAGGGGGUCCAACCUAGUUGGUUUGCCUUCUCUUGUUAGCUUGGAUUAUUAUAGAAUGUGUUGUAAGCUGCUGCUUUGUUUGUGCUUUUCCUUGGGUUGGAGAUCCAACCUGGUUGGUUCGCCUUCCCUUAGUUUAGCUUUGGUUAUAAAAUUGUGGUUAUAUAUAUACAACUCUCACUUGCUUAGCAA